AUGGCAACAAGCAGUCAUUUGGGCAGCAACACUUUCGAUGGGACGCUGCCUAAUGAACUGGGUCAGCUGACCAACUUGAAAGAGCUGGUGCUGAGCUCAAAUCGUCUUACUGGCACCCUCCCGGCGUCCCUGGGGAACAUGCCAAAGCUGCAGCUGCUGGAUAUUCGUGGGAACCAGUUCCAGGGAACCAUUCCCGCCUCCUACUUGCGCAUCCCAACGUUUUUGUAUGACGGGGACCUCAAGAUCCCAACAUCAGGCCUACCACCACCCUCCCUCCCGCCACUUCCACCCCCCCCAUCGCCCCUAGCCCCUCUGCCUUCAUCCAAGCGCCCCUCAACCAAGAAGCGCUCUUCUCCCCCACCCUCACCGCCACCCUCGCCUCCCCCUUCUCCUCCUCCACCGUCCCCUCCACCUCCCUCCCCCCCACCAUCCCCUCCUCCUCCACCCCCACCUUCUCCCCCUCCCCCUUCCCCUCCUCCAUCUCCUCCUCCUCCAUCCCCCCCUCCUCCAUCCCCCCCACCUCCAUCUCCCCCCCCUCCCUCUCCUCCUCCUCCUUUUCCUCCCCCGCCGUCUCCUCCUCCGCCUUCCCCCCCUCCCCCAUCUCCUCCCCCUUCUCCCCCUCCAUCCCCCCCAUUCCCACCCCCACCUCGCCCCCCGCGGCCUCGUUUCCCCCCACCAUCACCCCCACCGCCCCCCUCACCGCCCUCCCCAGCGCUACCGCUCAUCCCCUUUGUGCCCCCAGCCCCACCGGUGCCUGUACCAUCUCUGGACCUCGCCACUCCGCAAGGCUGCUCGCCUUGCGCUGACAGCUGGGUUGCACGCAAGGUGUCAUCUGUUGGGGGUCGUGGGGUGGCGUGCAUGUGCGUGCAGCCAGUGGUAGUGGAGAUUCGGCUGUCAAUGGAGUUUCGUCGCUUCAACUCCGCGUUCAAGCAGAGUCUUCAGCUGCAGCUGGCUCGCUCAUUUGCCGUCAACGCAUCUCAAGUCCUCAUACCCUCCAUUCGUCCCGGCAGUGUCAUCGCUCUCGCUGUGGUGCUGCCUCCUGCCCCCAUCACACAAUUCCCGAAUGCCACCCUUGACCAAUUCUCCACUACUCUGCAAACCGCACUUGCACAGUCCACCAACACAACUGCUGGCGGGGCUGCUGGUACUGGUGCAGGGGCUAGCCAUGAGACGAGCAGGGUUGAGCUGUUGGGGCUUCGAGGCACGAGCAACAGUGGUAGCCCUUCUGACAGUGAGCAGCACCCCGCCAGCACCAGCAAGAGCAAGACAAUGGCCAUAGCGCUGGGCGUGGGAGUGCCAAGAGCGGAGCAAGCGGCAGCAGAGGGCGGGAAGGACAAGGAGAAAGACGAAACGGUCCGCGGCAGAGGAGGGAUGCUGAACGGCAAACCUUUCACUGCUGAAGCACCGACUUAUUUCUGGGAGACCAAGCUACGGCAAUCGCACAAGAACCAGCAUGCGGCAGUGCCCCCGCAGGACCCUAGUGCACAUGGCAGGGCGGUAGGGGAGUCCUCUGCACGCGAGUUUUCCCUGCAGGAGCUCUGGGCUGCUACAGAUGGCUUUGCUCUCAGUGCACGCAUCCAGGAGGGGCCGUUUGGGCCACUUUUCAGUGGCAGACUGGCAGAUGGGUCGCCAGUGGCAGUGGCGCGCCUGGACCCGUCACCCCAGGGCGGAUGGUCCGAGGAGCAGGUGCGGCAGGCAGCGGUGCAGCUGGCGCCCCUGCUGCACGGCAACCUGGUGCCUCUGCGAGGGUUCUCUGUGGACGGGGGAGAGAGGCUGCUAGUGCUGGAUGACUUUUGCUGGCGCGCUGGCCACCUGGGCACUCUUGCCUGCGCUCUGCACCACCCUAGCUCCCCCUCUUCUGCCUUGCAUGGCGCUGAUGGGGGUGGUGAGAUCGUGGCUGGCAGCAGUGGUAGCACGUGCUUUUUGAGCUGGGAUGCGCGAGUGGAGAUUGCUAUUGGCUGCGCUCAUGCUCUCAGGUACCUGCAUGAGGACUGCCGCCCGCCCAUCGUGCAUGGUGCCAUCUCCUCCUCGCUCAUCUUCCUUGACGCACACUCCCAGCCUCACAUCGCCCAUGCUGGCCUCGCUCCCCUGCACGGCGCCACUGUCGCCUCCUACGCUCAUACGGACCAGCUGGUGGGUGCGUUUGCGUACAGCGCACCAGAGCAUGCAAUGACGGGCGUCUUCACGCCCAGCAGUGACAUGUACAGCUUCGGAGUGGUGCUGCUGGAGCUCCUCACAGGCCGCAAGCCCGUUGACCCCUCAAAGCCCAAGUCGCAGUCUUCUCUUGUGCGCUGGGCUGCUCCCCGCCUUUCCUCUACCUCGGCGCUCCCGUCGCUCCUGGAUGCGUGCAUGCCUGGCCACCCUCCAUCGUCCACUGCUCUCCUGCACUUCGCCAGGCUUGCAUCGCACUGUAUUCAGCCUGAGGCGGAAUUCCGCCCCACCAUGUCACAAGUCAUAGCAGAGCUCUGUGGCAGUGUGCGCACUGCCGUGCCCUCCGCCCCCCCAUUGCCCGCCUUGCUCCCCAACCGCGCCGCUCGCGCUGCCUCGAGGUUCGGCAGGGGGUCCAGUGGAUUAGAGGAGAGGAGAGUGGCACCGGUAUUAGAGGACGAUGGGGAGGGUGGCGCGAUGGCACGUGCAUCCACUCUCAACUCAAUACAGUACUGA